GUAAUGCAUGCAAACGACGCUGCUUCUAGCUACACAGUGGCACUACGCACGCGCCGACUGGCCGGCACUGUAGCAGCCGCCCCGCUUUACCUAACGUCGCGGGGUUUUUGUAAGCAGUAACCAAGCUUCUUGGGAAACUUUUGAAUUAGCGGGUAAAGCUGAACCAAUUUAUGUGAAUGGAGACAUCAGACCAGUUAUAAUGUACGACUGGAGCGCGGGGAGCGUAGUGCGCGCGCACCACGUUCCGCAGUGUGCGACUUCCCCCACAGUCGUCGGACAGUUGCCGCGCGCCACAAGCGAGUGUAUAGCGACCUUAAGCUAUUGUGAACAUUCUUGUAGGGUAACCGGUUCGCGCGAAAUACGUCUGCCGGCCCGUCUAACACGACAACUACAAUAUGCCACCAACUUAAAGAUAGUAUCAAAAAGGAGUUAUUUUCAAUUCACAAUUUCACUUAGAAAAGGGUGUAGAGUUGUAUCAAAUGCGAGUUGAUGAAGACCUCAUUAGAAGACACCCUAGGCAAUAUCUAGAAACCUGAAGAGAACCUUGAAACCUAAAAAUAUCCAUCCUAAAUCUGAAAUUGUAAAUUUCACAUUGAUGUAUGUGGAAAAAAUAAGAAAGAUUGGACGUAACAGCAAUGGUUUCUUUUCUUCAUUUUUAAUCUAUCUUCCUGGGGCUUGACACCGGCAUGCCUGCCAAAAUGAUGAGCGCAAGAGGCGGCGGCGCAGCUGGUGGCGACGUCAGCGUAGCUGAUAGUCCACUGGCAUCCUUCGAGACAUUGACUCAGGCCGCCAUCAUCGCCGUCAUGGGCAUUGCUAUAGUCAUCUCUAAUAUUCUAAUUAUAGCUUCCUUCCUCAACUUCAAAGGUCUUUCCAAUGAAGUAAUUAACUACUACUUGCUAUCGCUGGCUGUGGCGGACCUCUUGAUCGGCGUGUUCGUGGUGCCGCUGUCGGUGUACCCGGCCAUCACGGGGCGCUGGAUGUUCGGCGACCUGAUGUGUCGGCUGGCGGGCUACGUGGAGGUCACGCUCUGGUCCGUCUCCGUCUACACCUUCAUGUGGAUCUCUGUUGACCGUUAUCUCGCAGUCCGGAAGCCUCUCCGCUAUGAGACGGUACAAACGCGCACUAGGAGCCAAUGUUGGAUGGUGUUCACAUGGAUUUCAGCUGCAAUGCUCUGUUGUCCUCCUCUUCUCGGCUACAAAAAGGAAGCAAACUUCGACAAGGAAACGUUUAUCUGCAUGUUAGACUGGGGCACCACGUACGCGUACACUGCGACCCUCGGCAUCCUCGUGCUGGGACCAAGCGUCAUAUCGAUCGUCUACAACUAUUAUUAUAUUUUCUCAAUGAAGCGUAAACUCAACAGCGGCGUACCUAUCCAUGACAAAGAGUACGCGACGGCUCUAGCUGAGAACCUGUCGAACCCGAGUCAUUGGAUGAGUUUUAUCAUGGUCUGCACAUUCUGGCUAAGCUGGACUCCCUACGUUGUUGUCAAGCUUUAUGAAUAUUGUACUGAUCAGGAGAUAAAAAUACCAAUGUUACAUUUCGGUGUAGUUUGGAUGGGCAUUUUAAAUUCGUUUUGGAAGAUUGUUAUACUACUUAUAUUCAGCCCACAAUUUCGCCUGGCGCUUCGAAUAUUAUGCCUGACAGCGUGCUGCCGCUCCAAGGGGCGCCUGGCUGCAGAGCUCAUGGGCCUGGACAAUGAUGACUGAGUUCAUCUUCUGGCAGGUAUGUAAAUCCUUUACGAAGUCAACAACUUGAGCACACGCCCCAUUGUGCUGCAGUCAAUAUUAUGGAUUUAGAUACCUUGCCUGGCUGAAUAGUCCGCCAUGACAGUGCUCGUGGGUUUGGAAUCAUAUGUAGAAACAUAAUAAUAUGGUUGCCACAAGUUGUCCCAAUAUUGCUGUAUUUAGUAAUAAGUGAUGUUUGUUGACAAAGUAAUGUCACUGCUGAUUGUUCAUCCUACUCUGUGCUUGACACGACGAACGUAAACUUCUCAGGUUUCUAACAAUGGACACUGGAACAGUUGAAGUUUUCAUAGACUACGAUGUGUAAUCGAGUUAUGAGUUCUGUAGGCAAUGACUUUUGACAAUAAUGUGUUUAAGUUGGAAGUUCGUAAACACUUUGCUCUGUGCAAUAAAAUUCAUAUCAUUUUCUCAAUAAAAAUUCGUUACUUUAGACAUUAUGUAGUUUCUAACUCAUUCUAAAUUAAAAAUGUAAGAAAUGUUUAGUAUUUAAAUAAAUGUUUAUUUAGAUAGUUAAUAUAAGUACCACAAUAUUAUUUUAGACUAGUAUAUAGU